ACGAAACGCCCUUCCCCCCACACCCCUCUCUCUCUCUCUCUCUCUCUCUCCCCACACUCUCCGAGUCUCGUCUUUCACUGUUCAGUGCACAGCACUCGGUUGCAUAACAAACACACUCUCUCUCUCUCUCUCUCUCUCUCUCUCUCUCGGGUUCUGUAUUUGCUUCCUUUCUUCUCCGGUUACGAUACAGAAAACGAUUACGAUUUUCGAGAAGGUUUCUUUUGGGGGUUAUGCAUUUCGUUUCUGAUCAUACCUUUCUUUGCUUCUGAUCAUACCUUUCUUUGCUUAUAAUCUAAUCAACGCUUGUCCUGUGGUUACUGACUCGCCUCACGCACCAGAUCUUCAUCGAGAUUGCCGAGUCUUGUGAUGCUGCAUUUUUUUUGCAUUUUCUUGGUUCUUGGAGCAUAAGGAAAAAAACCAUCUGUAUGAGUUGUCCGAAUGUGUGGCUGUGAAGGAUGAGUGAGAACCUCUUUUGUAACCUGUUGAAGAAGCUUUAGGAUGCCUGCGGCUUAUGAGCACAUUUGGCAUCAUGCCAUCUGAGUUUAGAUCAAAAAGUGGUUCAGUAGGAUCCAAUGGAGGCAUGGGAUGCAGUUCAGAGCUCAGAUUGAGUUCAAAACAUUAUCAAACCCCAAAUGUAAUGAAGGAAAAGUCCGUGCCAUGCUCAAAUCAGCGUUCGAAGUUCCACAACAAGUUGAGGGUAGAAUAUCCUUCUGGUCAUCCAUACAUUGAUCUGCUUCCCGGAAUAAAACAGAAUGUGGAUGAUGAGAUCGUGGUCCCAAUGAAAUCUUCAGAGGGCCAUCAAAAGCAGCGGGUAAGGAGCAAGGAGACUAAAGAUGAUGAGCUUGUUAAAUACAUGUCGAAUUUGCCUGGUUAUCUGCAGCACAUGGACAGAGCAGACAGCCACAAAGAGAAAGCAUUUAAUUUUGGUGUUCUUGAUUGGGAGCGUCUUGAAAAAUGGAAGCACAAGCAAAAGCAUAGCCCUGCGAGGCAUAGCAUGAAUGCAUCAACCCCUUGGAAUGCUUCAUCUAGUACAGUUUUUGGCGAGACUCUUGCUCGUCAGAGUAAACAACGCGUUUCAUUUGGUUCUGAACAUGACUUGUCUCGUGUGGAGCGCUUGUAUAAAGGUGCCAAACUGUCUCAAGAAAAAGUCAUGAACGCUCAAGAUUAUGAAACUCCCACUAAGAGUAGUUUAGGUGUGCAGCAGAAGAUCCAUGUAACGGCUAACUCUCCUGGCAGAAAUUCAGUCAUAAUGACUGAGGAGAAGAGGAAAGAUAUAAAUCAAAAGAUCACUACAGAAAUGGCAACUUCAUUGUCAAACUCGAGAAAUAAUGGUGUCUCACUCAGCUCCAAGAAAAAGAUAGCUUCCAGGGAUAGUGAGUCAAAGAAAGAAUCCGAGGAGCUGCAAGAAUUUGACUUUGAUUUUGCUCAACCGCACCGCACUGGCAAGCACCAAAACAUUGUUCUUCUUCUACCAAAAGAUUUGCCUCGAAAUAGUUGUUCAGAGUUAUUACAACUUUCAGAACCCAGGACAUCAUUUGAUAAAAGAAUUAUGAAUGCUAGUCGGAAGAGCUUUUCAGGUGGAUUUCCUCAGGGGGGGAAUCAUUCUGGUGAACUCUAUUCUGAAAUUUCACACUCUUGCCCACUGCCUUGUGGAGGUGAGACCAGUGCUCAGGGUGUGGGUUUUCCUUCUGAUGCAUAUCAAACGCCUAUAUGUUCAAAAGAGAAAAUAAGUGUACAACAUAAAGGUAAAUAUGCAGAAGAAAGCAAGGCAAAAAGAAAACCAUCCAACUCAAAUGUUAUUGAGGCUUACAGAAGGUCGGAUCGAGAACAUGCUGACCUGUCAGAUGCAAGAGGAAGAAACCCAUCACCCAAUCGCCGGUUUGGCAUCGGCCUAAGUAGGAUGAGCAGAAGUUUCAGUCUAAAAGAGAGUGCAGCCGUUCCACAGUUGAUCUCCACAUAUAUGACUGUCAAGUCUGGUCCGGUUAAGUCAGAAGCUGCUUCUUGUUCAGAUGAUUCAAACAGAGAGAAAGCACAUGCUCAUGGCAGAUCCAGGUCCAGUCCCAGCCCUCUAAGAAGGUUGCUGGACCCAUUACUGAAACCUAAGGUGGCAAACUUCCAUUCUGCUGACAUGGUUCAACCAUUAGAAGGAAAGCCAAUUGAUGCUUUUGAAUCUCUAGAGACUGAAAAGCAUGUGACAAGAAGUGUUCAUGCUCUUCUGCAACUCGCAACUAAGAAUGGACUUCCUUUGUUCAAGUUUGUGGUUGAUGACAACAGCAAUAUUCUUGCAACCACAGUGAAAAAAAUAACUGAGUCUGGGAAGGAUGAUUCCAGCUUGAUUUACACAUUCUACUCUGUUCGUGAGAUAAAGAGGAAGAAGAGUGGUGGCUGGAUGAAUCAAGGAAGUAAAGGGAAAGGUUCUGGGUAUGUCUAUAAUGUUGUGGGUCAGAUGAAGAUUUCAGAGUCCAAGGACCAAAAUCUAGUGAGGGAGUCUGUUUUGUCCAGUGUUGAGCUAGGACACACUGAUCAAGAAACACCAGCAAGUAUGCCAAACCAGGAGCUUGCAGCCAUUGUUGUCAAGAUUCCAAGAAAAAGCGCAAUUUAUGAUGUGGGGGUAAACAAUGAACAUGUGGACUUAACAGAGAUUGCACAUGCAAAAUGCUCCCCCGAGGAUGAAUCCUUCAGCACUUCAGAAGAAAAUGCACGCACAAAUAGCACUACAGUCAUACUUCCAAAUGGCAUUCAUGGGUUGCCAAAUAAAGGAGUACCUUCCCGACUGAUUGAUAGAUGGAAAUCUGGUGGAUCAUGCGACUGUGGGGGUUGGGAUGUUGGUUGCAAACUCCGAGUUUUCACAAACCAGGAUCCCUGCUGUGAGGUUUUGGGACCAUCCAAAGCCCGCCCUAGCACAACUUGUUUUGAUCUUUUCGUUCAGGGAGGAAUUCGAGAAAACAGGCCGGUCUUCAGCUUGGUGCCAUUUAAAAAUGGGAUAUAUUCAGUUAAAUUCAAUGCAUCAAUAUCUUUGCUACAAGCUUUUUCCAUUUGCAUUGCGGUUUUAAACAGUCAGAAGGCGUCUGACCUCUCAGAAACAAGUAACCCAUUGGAAGCACGAAAUCUUCAGGGGCAGGCUUCUGCUGGGGUUACAAGAACAUGUCCAACCACAGUUCAAGGGGAAGCUCCCAUGAAAUAUGCCUCAUAUCCACCACCCCUCUCCCCCGUUGGAAGGGUCUAGUUUCAGCUUUCUCUUUUGCACAUAGAGAAGGUUGUGUCCUUAUUAGUGUUGUCAACUAAAGCAAUAUUUGGAGGAAGACCUUUUAAUCACGGUGCCAGCCAUAGCAGAAGACAACUGCAGUUACUGUAAUUUUUUGUCCGUUGUAUUAUCAAUAGCUGUUAACCAUUUGUAAGUAGUAAAUAAUGUCAUUAAAUGCACAAAUCAGGCUCUAAAAGGGUGAAACAUGCACAAAACUAGUUAUAAUCUUGGAUAUGCAGGGUGAUUCUUACCUAGAACUGAACAUAAUAAAUGUGUAUUUUUUUAUUCAUGCACCA